AUGGAUGGGGGGAACGACACAAGAGAACAAGCCUACGCCGCCGAUAUUGCAUCCAUUCGGCAGGCCCAGCUCCGGAUCGAACCCUACAUCCACAGGACCCCGGUCCUCUCCUCCGAAAACCUGAAUAAACUAUCCAAGAAGAAGCUCUUUUUCAAAUCGGAGUGUUUCCAGAAGGGGUCAGUGGCUCAUCAUUUCUUCGUCCACUUAAUUUCCGUUCUGGCCGAUCUAGUCAAACCCCUGUUAUUCCGUCGAUUCCCAGAGGUGCCUUCAAGAUGAGGGGGGCCUGCAACGCCAUAUUCUCCCUCGACGACGACCGCGCCGCCAGAGGAGUGUUGACUCACAGCAGGUCUCCGCCUCCCCGGCUCUCCUACGCUCCUUAGAUUUCUGAGAAGGCACUCACAUAUGCUUCCCUCUGUAGCGGUAACCACGCCGCGGCUUUGGCCCUGGCCGCGAAGCUACGGGGAAUCCCCGCCUACAUCAUCAUUCCCAACAACGCACCGCAGUGCAAGGUGGAGAAUGUCAAGCGCCAUGGCGGGCAGGUCAUCCCCUGCGAGCCCACGAUGCAGUCAAGAGAGCUCGUCGCCGGGAGGGUGCAGGAAGAAACCGGCGCGGUUCUGGUUCACCCUUACAACGACAGGCAUAUCAUCAGGUAAAAUAAGAGCGUCGAGUAAGUGAGAUUUCCUAAGUUUCUGACAAAUUCAGCACUCUACUGCGACAGUGGGCAGGGAACGGUCGCCCUCGAGCUCCUGGAUCAGGUCCCUGAAAUCGACACCAUAAUAGUUCCCAUAAGUGGUAAGUCCCCCAGCUCAAAUCUCAGGGGUCGCUCAUUGAUUAGAUGUGCAUUUAUGGCCCUUCUUUCCUGGCUCCAGGGGGCGGAUUGAUAUCAGGAGUGGCCUUGGCAGCCAAGGCGAUCAACCCUUCCAUCCGAAUUCUGGCUGCGGAACCGAGUGGUGCAGAUGAUGUUGCCCAAUCCAAGGCAGCAGGGGAGAUCAUCACCCUCGCUGAGGUCAACACCAUAGCCGAUGGUCUCCGAUCUACCCUCGGUAGCCUGACAUGGUAAUCAGAUGCAACCACCCACAUCAUUUAUAAGCUAGAUAGGAAGAUCUGCUCAUCAAUGGACAACCCUAGGGGACGACACCAGGACCUGUGAAGUGGGUAAGUCAACUCUGUGAUUUUUUUCUUUUUUUGGUGUUCUUGGGGCAGGCCAGUGGUGCGGGACCUCGUGGAUGAUGUCAUCACAGUGGAGGACGAGGAGAUUGUGGAGGCCAUGAGGUUGUGCUAUGAGAUCCUGAAGGUUGCGGUUGAGCCCAGUGGAGCCAUCGGCCUGGCCGCCGUUCUCUCAGACAAGUUCCGAACAUCGCCAGCUUGGGAGAGCAGCCACAACAUCGGGAUUGUCCUCUCCGGUGGCAAUCUUGAUCUGAGCGUCUUGUGGGAGUCACUCCGGUAA